AUGUUAGCAUCAUCACCACCACUACCGCCAGCCCCUCCAUCUCUGGCAUCAUCAGCCGUGCAUAUGAGAAAAUUUUCUCAAGAUUUGACAAUUAAAUUUAGUUGUUCAGAAUGCAGAAGCGCCAAUCCUAAUCUUAUCGAAGAUUAUGCAUCUGGGGAUGUUGUAUGUCGGGAUUGUGGGGUCGUUGUUCACGAUCGAAUAAUAGAUACUAGGAGCGAAUGGCGAUCAUUUGCCAAUGAUGGAACAUCUGGAAAUGAUGACCCAUCUCGUGUCGGAGGGCCUCAAGACCCGCUGAUGUAUGGGGAGGGGGAUGACGAGACGUUGACCAUUGAAUCAACGCUCAUUUCCUCCCUCCCUAAGGGAAAAGAUGGAUCUUCGUUUUCUUCAUCCGGAUCGUCAUCUGGCUCUUCAUUUGAUCUUGCAAAAAUACAGAACAAGACAAGUAUGAAAGCCUCGGAUCGAAAUAUUAUCCACGCCUUUAAAAAUAUUUCUAUCAUUUCAGAACGAAUUGGACUUCCAAAAAGGAUUGCAGAUUGUGCUAAGCAUCUGUUUAAAAAGGUUGAGGAUGGGAAGUUGUUAAAGGGAAAGCCAAUGGAUGGGAUCAUCGCUGCAUGCGUCUACAUCGCUUGUCGAAUGGAGCGCGUUACACGGACAUUUAAAGAGAUAUCGCUUCUGACGAUGAUUCCAAAGAAGGACAUUGGUCGGUGUUAUAAGGCGCUUUUUCCAUAUCUAUAUCCGCAGGGUGAAAUACAUACAAAUGGUGCCAUUACGCCAAAAAUGACGUCAGCUUUGAUGCAGCCAAAUUUGUCAGCCUCGAAGGCCGUUGCUGGGGGUUCUGAACAACGCCCAAUGGGAUCCAUUAUUUAUAUACAGGAUUUUAUGGCACGAUUUUGCUCAAACCUUUCCCUUCCAAUGGAGGUGCAAAAAAGCGCAUUGCAGCUGUGUCAAAAGGUGCAAUUCUUGGACUGUCUCUCUGGAAAGAGCCCAGUAUCUAUUGCAGCAACAAUCAUAUACAUGGUGACCUUGCUUCAUCCCCAGUACAGACGGCCAGCUAGAGAUAUUUCAAUGGUGACUGGAAUAUCCGAGCUGACCAUUAAGAAUACGUAUAAAGAGCUCUACCCACAUCGACACAUUAUAAUCUCCCCCGACGUUGCAUCAAAACAUAGCAUUGAGAACAUGCAUCCGUCUUAG